AUGCCCCCAUCCCAGAGCCGCGCGGCGAACCUGACUUCGUCCUUCUCUGUCUCAGACGAGAGCAAUGUCGUCGUCUGUCCGCUGCGCAAUCAUGACAACUCGGCCUGUCGCAAGCGCUGCACAGGUGAAAAACGGUUCCGCUCUAUGCAGGAACAUAUACGCCGAGCACACCCAGAGCACUACAUUUCCAAGCUUCCUGCUACCGAGGAGAGCUUCCAGUUGAUGGUAUCCACGCCGCCACAAGCCCGACCCGACCCCCCAGCAUCCACAGCACCACCCCAUGCACCCGGCCCAAGUGCGCCAGCCCCGCAAACCCAGGUCUAUGACUAUGGCCGCGACGAGCACAACGCCUUCUUCGAGACCGACUUCGCCAACGACCCGCGUACGUCCAACGAUGUGCUGCGCCGAGGCUCUCUCCUACCCGCGGCUACCGCGGCAGCUGCGCUUGCCUCGUUGCACAACCACCGCGCCGAGUACGACUGGGACUCUGAUCCGGAUGCCACAUCUGAGCCAGAUGCCAAGGGCUACAAGCCCCGCGCUCGAUUUGCCCCGACUACCAUGGAACAACACAUAGGCGCCGAAGAGCCGUACUACACAUCCAAUUCGAUACAGCGCGAGCUUUUGCCCUCUUCACUCGCCCGCUCCCCUCCCGAGCGCUCCUCCACCCUCCCACCAGCGCCCCGCUUGGUCAAGCCGAACAGACCGCGUAAGUCGUCCAUAGGCCAGAAUGCUCGCAGAGGAAAGCACGAGCGACAAAGGUCUGGAGGUCAUGGCCGCCGCAUGAGCUACGACAGGAAAGCCUUCUCCGCCGAGCCAUCCACGGCUGCACAACUCAUGGGCAAGCGAUGGGAGGACCUGAUCGAUGCGGCCGCUUCGGCAACCGAGGAAGACAGUCGAGACCUCACACCGGUCCCGCAAUCACCACAAUACUCGCCACACAUGAUGAACAACCGGACGUCGCUACCACCCUUCUUUGCCUCACACCUCCAAUCGUAUACAGCAUCGCCGCUACAAAACACCCUGACGCCUCCCCCGCCAGAUAUGUCAGAGAUGCAGCCUUUUCCUUCGGUUGAAUCUUCCAUUGAGUCAGCCGUGUCGGGUCAGAACUUCCACAUGCCCUCUCAAGGCCUGUCGGAUUCGUCCCCGUCCUUUCCAUUUCCCGUUCAGAUAUACUGCGCUGCCUGUCGCAAGUUGUCAAUAUUGCGAGACAGCUAUGCUUGCUCCGAGUGCAUAUGUGGCCUGUGUCAAGAAUGUGUAGAUGUUCUGGUUAGUGAACACACACGAGGUCGAGCGCCGCGAUGUCCACGAUGCAAUGCCAUUGGCGGCAAAUUCAAGCCCUUUCAACUGGAUAUUAGAUGA